AUGUCUGAUGGUGUGAUUAGCUCCAGGCAACUAGCCUUUAAGAAUGCUGGAAAGAGCGCGGACGAAAUGCGUCGCCGUCGACAGGAGGGUCAGGUGGAGUUGCGCAAAACAAAGCGGGAUGAGUGUCUUCAAAAGAAGAGGAACAUUCCCGCCGAUGUUUCUGCAGAAGCUGAGGUGGAAGUUGUUGAAAAACCACCGCUACUAAAUCUACCUGAUAUUGUUGAGAACGCAAACAGUGAGGACCCAGCUGUUCGUCUUCUCGUCGUGCAGUCUGCUCGGAAGUUGUUAUCUAGUGACAGACACCCACCAAUUGACGAGCUCAUUAAUUGCAAUGUACUCCCAAUGCUUGUCAGCUGUUUGGAUUCCGAGAACCCGACCUUGCAGUUUGAAGCCGCUUGGGCAUUGACGAAUAUUGCAUCUGGGAACUCUAAGCAGACCGCUGCUGUUGUCCAGGCAGGAGCUGUGCCAUAUUUUUUGAAACUCCUAUCAUCUCCACAUAUGAAUGUUUCUGAGCAGGCCGUUUGGGCACUGGGCAAUAUUAUUGGUGAUGGUCCGCAACUUCGCGACUUGGUCAUCGAACAGGGCUUAAUAAAGCCGUUGUUGAGUCUUUUGACACCGAACAUUUCCAUUACAUUCUUGCGGAAUAUAACUUGGGUUAUGGUUAAUCUGUGCCGAAAUAAGAAUCCUCCGCCGCCGGUUGGUACUAUUCAAGAGUUGUUGCCAGCUUUGCUGUAUCUGAUUACCAACACCGCCGAUAGUCAAAUUUUGGUUGACACUGUCUGGGCUAUAUCCUAUUUGACUGACGGUGGGAACUAUCUUAUCAGCAUGGUAAUUAACGCUGAAAUUGUACCUCAUCUUGUGCCGCUCUUGUCCCAUCCAAACUUUAAAGUGCAGACAGCGGCUCUGCGCGCGGUUGGUAAUAUAGUGACUGGCACAGACCAACAAACCCAAGUUGUUCUGGACUGUGGCGCGCUGAGCCACUUUCCUCAGCUAUUGAAUCAUCCAAAAGAGAAAAUAAACAAGGAAGCUGUCUGGUUCCUCUCUAAUAUUACCGCCGGCGAUCAGAGUCAAGUUCAGGCUGUUAUUGAUCAUAAUCUGGUGCCACUUAUUAUUGGGCACUUGGCCAAUAGUGAAUUCCUCACUCAAAAGGAGGCCGCGUGGGCCAUUUCAAAUCUGACAAUUAACGGAAAUGAGCAGCAGGUGCGUUACCUUAUAUCGCAAGACGUGAUUCCUCCUCUCUGUAAAUUGCUCUCCUCACGAGAUUCUCAAGUGGUUCAAGUAGUCCUUGAUGGAAUACUGAAUAUUAUUAAAAUGGCUGGAAGCAUGCUGGAGGACGUCAUCAGCUCUAUUGAAUCAUGUGGUGGAUUAAAUCUCAUCGAAGAUUUGCAGCAAAAUGUGAACCCUUCCAUAUUCAAGUCUGCAUACAAUAUACUUGAAAUGCUCUAUGGUUCUAACUACGAUGAAACUGUUGCGGCUGACGAAGAAUUUGAAGCAGUUAAUACGGGUAACGGAAAUAAUCCUCCACCCGCCGAUGGCAAUGAGGAGACAUUCACAUUUGCGGCUGAAACGGAUAACAUGCUUUUCGACUUCUAG